AUGGCAAAGUUUGAUCGAAAAGCUGACGAAAAGCUGGUGUUCGAAACUAGCGAGGAUGUUAAAGUUGUACCUACAUUUGACUCUAUCGGCUUGAAAGAAGAUCUUUUAAGGGGAAUUUAUGCUUAUAAUUUUGAAAAACCUUCGGCUAUUCAGCAAAGAGCAAUUGUUCCUAUUAUGAAAGGCAGGGAUGUGAUCGCUCAGGCUCAGUCGGGAACCGGUAAAACGGCCACAUUCUCUAUUUCUAUCCUCCAAUGUAUAGAUACUACAGUGCGAGAGACUCAAGCACUUGUGUUAUCGCCGACAAGGGAACUCGCAACUCAAAUACAAAGUGUCAUUCUAGCGCUUGGUGACUAUAUGAACGUCCAAUGUCAUGCCUGCAUUGGCGGAACCAGUAUUGGCGAAGACAUCCGUAAGCUUGAUUAUGGUCAGCAUGUUGUAUCCGGUACACCUGGUCGAGUUUUCGAUAUGAUUCGUCGUCGUAAUCUGCGAACGCGACACAUAAAAAUGCUUGUAUUAGAUGAAGCGGAUGAGUUACUCAACAAGGGUUUUAAAGAUCAGAUAUACGAUGUCUAUCGAUAUCUUCCACCAAAUACACAAGUCAUCCUUUUAAGUGCCACUUUACCGCAUGAUGUACUCGAGAUGACCACUAAAUUCAUGACUGAACCAAUUCGCAUAUUGGUCAAGCGUGAUGAAUUGACCUUGGAAGGAAUUAAACAAUUCUUUGUUGCAGUUGAAAAAGAAGAUUGGAAAUUUGAAACUCUUUGUGAUUUGUAUGAUACGUUGACAAUUACUCAAGCUGUCAUUUUCUGUAAUACUCGCCGAAAGGUCGAUUGGUUAACUGAAAAAAUGCGAGAAGCAAAUUUUACAGUAUCUUCAAUGCAUGGAGAUAUGCCACAAAAGGAACGAGAUGCGAUCAUGCAAGAAUUUCGUCAGGGAUCCAGUCGUGUUUUAAUUACUACCGACGUAUGGGCUCGUGGAAUUGACGUUCAGCAAGUGUCCUUAGUAAUAAAUUACGACCUACCCAGUAAUCGUGAACUUUACAUUCACCGCAUAGGUCGAUCUGGGCGUUUUGGAAGAAAAGGUGUUGCCAUAAACUUUGUUACAUCAGAGGAUGUCCGUAUUUUACGUGAUAUUGAACAGUACUAUAGUACUCAAAUAGAUGAGAUGCCUAUGAAU